CCCAGGCUGUCCCUGAUGUCCCCACGCUGUCCCUGUCCCCAGGACCUGCUCCAGAAGUACUCCUACAUCCGCAAGACGCGGCCGGACGGGAAUUGCUUCUACCGCGCCUUCGGCUUCGCGCACCUGGAGGCGCUGCUGGAGGACGGCCAGGAGCUGCAGCGGUUCAAGGAGGUGUCGGCGCGCAGCAAGGAGGAGCUGGUGGCCCAGGGCUUCACCGAGUUCACCAUCGAGGACUUCCACAACACGCUGAUGGAGCUGAUCGAGCGCGUGGAGCGCCGGGUGCCGCUGCCGGAGCUGCUGGCCGCCUUUAACGAGCCGGCCACCUCGGAUUACCUGGUGGUUUACCUGCGCCUGCUCACCUCGGGCUGCCUGCAGCGCCACCGGCGCUUCUUCGAGCAGUUCCUGGAGGGCGGCCGCAGCAUCAAGGAGUUCUGCCAGCAGGAGGUGGAGCCCAUGUCCAAGGAGAGUGACCACAUCCACAUCAUCGCGCUGGCGCGGGCGCUGCACGUUUCCAUCCUGGUGGAGUACAUGGACCGGGGCGAGGGCGGCGCCACCAACCCGCACGUGUUCCCCGAGGGCUCCCAGCCCCGCGUCUGCCUCCUCUACCGCCCCGGCCACUACGACAUCCUCUACAAGUGACCCCCGCCCCCAGACC